UGGCCGCUGGGUCAGGCAGGGUGAGAGCGGCCGACCGGUCACCGCGGGCGCCGGGGCGGUGCUGUGGCUUCGGUACCGGCUGCGGGCAGGCGGCCUAAUGAGCUCUCGGCACGCAGCCCCGCGCCAGGGACUUGCGUGCCUGACCAUGGGGCCCACGAGCCGGGAAACCUGGGCCCAGCGCCUGGGCACCUUCCGGGCCAGCCCGUCCGCCUUCAUGGCAGGUCCUGAGGGUGAGGAUCUGGGUCGUCACCUGCUGAGCGACCUGAGGAGUGAGAAGCUGAGCGAGCCGACUAAGAUUUCCUUGCUGGCUCUGAGCUUGGAGUACCCAGCCCAGCUGUGGCCGGACGCUCCUGCGGCCGAAGCAGCCGCCACCUCCCUGUUGGAUACCCUGGUCCUUCUACCCCCGCGGCCCUCGGCUCUGCGGCGGCCCCUUCUGCUGGCGGCCACCACAGCCUUGGCGGCAGGAGGUGCGCUGGGCCCCACCUCGGGAGCCUCCCGCCGGCUCUUGCCCCUGCUGCUGGGCUUGGCCUCGGGCCGCGAUUUGGGGCGAAGCUUUGGCCCUGCCUCGGAACAGCGCACCCUGCAGGCCACAGCGUGGGAGUGCCUGCGGGAGCUGGAGAGCUGCAAGCCUGGGCUGCUGGGGGGCUGUCUGGGGCUGCUGCGGGGCCUGCUGGGGCAGGAGGGCGCUGUACAGCCACUCAGCCUGCUGCUGGCACUUGCCCUGCGAAACGCCUUGGUGAUACAAGCCAGGGCCAGGGCUGGCCUGCAGGGCCUGCUCGUGGCUGGGGACUGGCCCACUGAGGGUGGUCCCUGGAACUGGAUGCUAGCUGAGGAGGGGGAUGCCCAUCUUCAGCCCCAGGCACCCAGUUGGCCAGCAGCUGAGGAGGGGGAAUGUCGCCUUGCCACGCUGGAGCUCAGUCCUGAGGAGGCCCGGGAGCUGCGGGCUGCCGUGGCCCAGCUUCUGGACGCCUCCUACCUGCUCACUCCUGUGGCCCAGGCCCAGCUUCUGUGGCUGCUGGGCUGGGCCCUGCGGGGUCUUCGGGGACAGCCACCAGUGCUCUUCAAGCCACAGCUGGUACGGCUGCUGGGCACAGCACAACUGACGCUGCUGCACGCCGUUCUGGCUCUGAAGGCGGCCUUUGGUGAGGCACUGUUCACAGCCCAGGAUGAGGCCUUGCUGCUUCGCCGGCUCACCUUGGCUGCCCAGCACCCGGCCCUGCCCCUGCCCGCCCGUCUCUUCUACCUGCACUGCCUCUUGAACUUCCCUGAGAACUGGCCGCUGGGCCCCGCAGGCGAGGAGGCUGCCCCGCUAUUGCUGGGGUCCCAGCUAUGCCGUGGCCUCUUGCCCAGUCUCCUGCAUGACCCAACGGCCCUCCUGGCCCGCCUGCAUCUGCUGUGCCUCCUCUGUGUGGAAGACGAAGAAAAGGAGGAAAAGGGCCAGGAUCAGAGCCCCCGGCGGUACCUGGAGGAGCUACUGGCUGGCCUGCGGCAGAGGGCAGCCCUGGAUGGUGGCCCCCGGGCCUUAGCCACUCUCUGCUUCCAGGCCUCCUACCUCGUUGCUCGCUGCCUGGCCGGGCAACCUGUGGUGCUGACACCCUUGACCCACGGACUGGCCCAGCUGUACCGAGCCCAGCCUGCACUGGCUCCCCAUUUCGUGGAUCUCUUGGAUCGGGUGGGCCCUGAGCUGGGGGAACCCUUAAAGGUGGUCUUGCGGCAGGAGGUGGUGUCCAGGCCAGGCAGGGAUGAGGCCCUUCGUUGGCACCUGCAGAUGCUGGCAAGGGUGGCAGAUGGGGAUGCCCAGAGUGCCACCCUCGGCUUCCUGCAGGCUGCAGCUGCCCGCUGCACGGACUGGGGCCUCCAGCAGGCCCUCCUGCAGGUCUGCCGGGCCCUGCUGCGGGCAGGUGUUGGGGGAGGCCUGGCGGACUUGCUGCAGGCCCUGGCCAGGCAGCUGGAGGACCCUGAUGGGCGGGACCACGCGCGCCUCUACUACAUCCUCCUGGCCCACCUGGAAGAGCCCAAGCUAGGGGUGGCCCUGGGCCCCUCCCUUGCCGCACCUGCACUGGCCUCUUCACUGGUGGCCGAGAACCAGGGCUUUGCUGCAGCGCUGAUGGUGCAGGAGGCCCCGGCCCCGAUUCGGCUAAGCGUGGGUCCCCACAGAGCCAAGGGCCCAGUCCCGGUGCUGCAGCUCCAGGUGGAGGUGCUGGAGCAGGUGUAUUCUCUGGAACUGCGCUUCCGUGUGGAAAGACAGAUCUAUGCACCCUUGGGGGCUGUGCAUGUGCCCUGCCUGUGCCCCGGCCGCCCCACCCGCCCUCUGCUGCUGCCUCUGCAGCCCCGACGCCCGGCUCCCUCGAGGCUGGCUGUGCGCGCCCUGUACACCACACCCAGCGGCCUCACCUGCCACGCUCGCCUGCCACCCCUGCUUGUGAACUUCGCUGACCUCUUUCUGCCUUUCCCCCAGCCCCCCGAGGGGGCCGAGCUGGGCUUCUUUGAGGAGCUCUGGGACUCCUGCCUGCCAAAGGGCACCGAGAGUCGCUUGUGGUGCCCUCUCGGGCCACACGGGCUGGAGGCCUUGGUGUCCCGCCACCUGGAGCCCUUUGUGGUGGUGGCCCAACCCCCGACCAGCUACCUUAUAGCCAUCCGUCUGCCCCCAGACUCGCGGUUGCUGCUGCGGCUGGAAGCAGCCCAGGCGGACGGAGUGCCUGUGGCCCUGCGGACUGAUGACUGGGCCGUGCUGCCUCUGGUGGGGGACUGCCUCCGGGGGCUGUCAGUGGCUGGCUGAGCGCCAGGGCCGGGCCGGGUAGGAGCAGGACUGUGGCCCUUGCAGGCUCUUGCCCAAGAAGGGCCGCUGACAGCCAGGAUACAGCCCCGUAGCUCCUUUCUGUAAAAAUAAGACAAAACAAAAAAACCCCUAUAUUUGCUAACAACCCUCACUGGUUGGUUUUGUUUGGGACCCUGGUUGGGGGAAGGCACACUGGGAUGGGGGUCAGAGGCUCCAGGAAAGCUUCCAAGCUCGGAACCCCCAGACUGCAGGGCGUGAAAGUUCCUUCCUGCCCGGAUACGCUAGGAUUCUCUAGAAUCCCUGCCCAAGAGGCAGGAGAAAAAAUAUCCACAUCUUUGCUUCCCAGAGAGGGAAAAGCCUUGCUCAAAGCCACCCAGCAAUUUAGGAAUGAGAGUGAAGCUGGACUUGGGCCUCCUGACCUGUGAGCCAGUGCUUUUCAACUCCAGAGGUUUGCAGGGUCUCUGCACAGGGAGCUCAGGCUAGGUAGGACGAGGGACCAAUGGGCAGAAACAGAGGAGGCUGCAGCGGCCUGGUGGCCCCUUCCUCUAGAGCCCGUGAGCCGCAACUACCGAGCCCACGCGCGACAACUGCUGAAGCCCGCGCUCUGCAACAAGAAAAGCCACCGCGAUGAGAAGCCCACGUACCGCAAUGAAGAGUA